AUGUCCACCACAAAAGAUGAGAUGAGUGCCACCGUCGACCAUCAAGAACUACAAGCGCACUCCAAUCAAGCUGUUGAACACCUUGAAUCGAAAGAAAAACCCGAUCCUCUCGAAACCGAUCCAGGAAUUCAGAUUGACGCUGCCACAAACAAGCGCCUGUUCUGGAAGAUCAGCCGUCGGAUCCUCGUCAUCCAGGUGAUCACAUAUUUCUGCCAAUCCCUUGACAAGGGCGUUCUAAACUAUGCAUCCAUCAUGGGUAUCAAGGAGGACGCAAGCCUGAAGGGCCAAGAGUACUCCUGGUUGGGAACGAUCCUUUACCUCGGCAUUCUCGCCGGCGAAUAUCCUCAGAACUUCCUGCUCCAGAAGCUUCCCCUGGCGAAGACGCUGGCCGUCAAUGUGUUUCUUUGGGGUGCUGUCGUAGCUUGCUCGGCCGCCUCGACUCGGUUCGCGUCUCUGAUGGCAGUCCGCUUUCUGUUGGGCUUUUUCGAGAGCUGCGUUCAGCCCGCUAUGAUGCUAUUAACGGCAAUGUGGUAUAAGAGAGAAGAACAAUCCGUCUUGAAUGCCGUUUGGUACUGCAUGAGUGGCGUACAGCUGAUGAUCGGCGGCCUACUAGCCUUCGGUGUCUCGCACUUCACAAACGGGCCCAUCACCAGCUGGCAACUUCUCUUCCUCGUCCUCGGACUCGCCACCUGCGUCUGGGCUUUCUUCAUUGCUUUCCUGCUCCCCGAUAGCCCUAUCUCCGCAAAAUGCUUCAGCGAGGAAGAUCGCAUGCUCAUGCUCGAACGUGUCCGACACAAUGAAACCGGCAUCGAAAAUCGAGAGUACAAGAAAUAUCAGGUGUGGGAAGCCGUCACGGACCCGUUUGUCUGGUGCUGCGUGCUGCUCAUCACGACCGCCAAUCUGAUAAUCGGCGGCCUGGGCGUCUUUUCAAACCUGAUCAUUCAGCAAUUCGGUUUCUCCCUGCUGCAAACACAACUUCUCAAUAUUGCCCAAGGCGCUUGGACCAUUAUCUGGAUGCUCGGGUCAGCAUGGGCUGCUCAACGAUUCCAGCAGACCUGCGUGGUUAUGAUCCUAUGGGCCCUCCCCGCCAUGGCCGGCACGAUCGUCAUACUCGCCGUCACCCCAACAGCCACGAACGCCGGCGGCAUGCUAAUCGCCUUCUACUGCACGCAGCUCUUCACCGCAGAAGGCAACCUGAUCAUCUCCCUUGUGACGCGCAACAUCGCCGGCCAGACCAAAAAGGGCAUGACCAUGACCCUGGUCUUUGUCGGGUGGGCUGUUGGCAAUCUCAUCGCACCCCAGAUCUUUCAGGAGAAAGAUGCUCCGCGCUAUCUGCACGGCUUCCUGGCUCAUAUCAUUAUUUAUGCGGUGUAUUUGGGUCUGGUCGUUGUCACUAGAGUGGUUCUUAUGGCGAGGAAUCGGGCGAAGGAGAGGGCGGAGGGGGAGAUCUCGCAUGAGCUGGCGUUUCGGGACUUGACGGAUCAUGAGAAUCCGAAUUUUCGAUAUGUGUAUUAG